AUGCCUAAUGUCGAUCGCUCCCUAUGGGUAGAGGAUCGUUACGCAUUGCGCUGCCGGGGCUGUGGUGAAAAGUUCACCCUCUUCCGUCGCCGCCAUCAUUGCCGAUCGUGCGGUCAGGUAUUCUGCUCUGCCUGUCUAUUCCAACUCAACACCCGGGGGCGAUCCUUUUCGAACUCCCUCACCGCCACCCUCAACGUUUUUGAGGAGCAAGAGCGGCCGCACCAACUGCGGGAUCGGGUCUGCAAACGAUGCGCGACGCAUCCGACGCGCACCUCCGUCGAGUUAAACGCCGAUUCCCCCCUCCCGCAAGUCCAACCCGCCGACGACUCCAGACAAGGGAACUUUUCGUCCCCUUCGGCGAGCUCAACUGCGGUGAAAACCCCGGGAUCGACCCACCGGUCCCCGGACCCCUCGCAGUGCAUCCUCCACGAGGUGGCCCAGGCGGGAAAACGACCUUCGAGUUUUCAAUACGAAUGCCUCGACGCCUCGCUGGAGCACGCAUGGCUCGAGGACAUUGAGGGGCCCGCGCAAAGUCCGAAACGGCAUCCCCAACAACAACAACAACAACAACCCCCUAUGGUGCCCCUACAUCACCCAGAAACGGACGAAGAAAAGUCCAUUUCGUACACAAUGAAUCGACUGCAGCCGCGUUACCAUAAUAGCUUACAGGAAUGGCUUGAAAAACAAUUGCAUGACAUUGAUCUCGCUAGAUCGACAUCCGAGACCGAUGCUCUGCGUUUAUCCUCCUCACAAUGUGCUCAUUCGAGCCUCACGGGCGACCCUAUCGUUAUACCUGCCCGGAAAGGGAAGGAUGCUACCGGUCUUGUCCUUUCCUUUGCGGAGCCCCUUUUGCUUUCAUCAAGUUCCCCCUCCGCAGCGAAUAAAAUGAUCGCGGAUUUGUCAGACUCCCCUUGUACGCCGAAUAAGACCAACAUCCCUCACCAUAUCGCGCAGGCGCAGGCCCUAGAUAACUUUCUGUCUGAUCCUACCACACAGGAGUGCUUUGCCCUACACUGGCUGAGGCGUGCACUAAGCAACCCCACAUUUACCGAAAUCUUGAAGCCGUGCGUUAAGGAAAAUAUGACGGGGAACAGUGAGGACGACUACCCAUCCAAUUCAGCCUUGUGGGCGACGCCUUGGCUGCAGGCGAUUUACACCACCACAGCGCGGGUUCUUCGCAAAACCGUGGUCACGUUGGGCGGGCACAUCCACCACCACGUCGAGAUCGUCGCGUUGUACUCACAUGCCAGCGAACCCAAAACAAACGCGCGAGACCAUUCCCAGGACUUCUACCAAAUUGAUAUCGUCCCCGGCGUUGCCUUCAAACGCUCGCUUGUUUCGAAACGAAUGCCGUCCUACUGGGUCCACCCGCGAAUUCUUUUCCUCGGGGGCCACGUCUCGUACAAGAUGAAAUCCCUGAGCUUCGGCGAGUAUGUGGAUUCCUACCAAGGCCACCUGGACAAGCUCUUCCAUCGCAUUCAAGUAUGGGCCCCGCAGGUGAUUGUGGUGGAGGGGAGCAUGCACCACUACCUGCAGACCUGCGUGGCCAACACGGGUGUGAUGAGUUUGGUCCUCAACGUCGGCCCCUCCCUCCUCACGCGGCUGGCCUCCUGUUGUGGGGCGACGUUGGUGUAUGAUUUGGACUACAUCACGGUAUCCGACCUGCGUGAUGAGAAGACGCCCCUAGGGACGUGCGGCGUCUUUCGCAUGGUGGCGGUGAGGGAAACGGCCGCCUCGUUGUGCGUGUUUGAGCAGCUCCCGAAGAAGAUGGUGUCGACGGUGGUCCUGCAAGGGCCCCAGCCGGACACCACCACGGGUCCGCAGGAUUAUCAGAUCAAGGCAUGGCUGCGGGAGGGUCUUGCCACCGCGUAUCACGUGUUAUUGCAAGCCUGCAGCCUCCGGGAUUUCGGGAUGGCGAUGAGGGCGCCAAACGACCAGUUAAGUGAGGUGUGGUGCGAUAAAUCCACACGAAGCAUCCAAUUUACUGACUUUCAGAACCUAUACAAUUUAUUGAAGGCUCAGGAAGGAUGUGCUGAACUUUCCAUAAACUAUGGAGUACGUUUGGGGGAUGAUGUGAUGCGCUUGCUUCAUAGCAAGACAUGGGCGGUUGAGGUGUAUCAUCGUCUGCGGGAUCAGAUCCACGUUCAGUGCAUCGCACUUGAGACGUUGCGUUCCGAGCCACUCUCUUUAUUAACCACCGGUGGGAAACCAGGCGAGGCGAAUCCCAUACCGUUGUCCAGCAGUGAUGUUCAGGUGUCCACUGCAGCCGCAUUGACAAAGAGCCUCCAUGCACAAAUGCAGGAGACCUAUGUAUUUUAUCAAAAGGAAAGUGAUCAGACCGUAUUAGCGUUUUUAGUCGCGCACUCGAAGGAGCGACUGGGGUCGCACAGGAUGAUGGGGCAUGCGGAGCAUCAAAUCUUGGUUUCAACCUGCAGCGCCCCCGAGGCUUUUCAGACGUCGAGGCCAGAGGACGAGUCUCUGCAAGCCUUUCUGGAGAUUCAAAGCCAAUCCCUGAUGUUUAGGCUCAACGAGGACGAAAAGAAUAGCCUAUUCCGACCGAUCUGGGAUAUGGUGAGCUACUUUGUGAAGCCGCCGGGUUGCUAUGUGGAGUGUCCUUUUUGCAACGACCCGGCGCGAGAAACCGAGCAGGAUCAGCCGCCUGGUGAGCUGCGUUUUCUAUCGCCGCAUGCGUUGAACCUGUCGAUCGGCGCCUUCCUCGAGCUUCUGUUUUACGCCCACACCUCCCUGCGGCAUGGACCUUGCACCCAUGCACUGAAUAAAAAAUUUGCCGUUUGUUUUGUAUGCUACCCGCCCAUAUCUCGCCCGGCGGUGUUGAUUCGCUUGGAUGUCAAGCCGUUGAUGGUCUAUCGUCUGCGCCCUCCAUGUGGUGCCCUGGAAUGGAAGGAAGCGGCAUCCCAUCCGACGCCGUCGUCUUCCGCGGCGCGGGAGGAAAGGGAUCGGCUGUGGGAUGCCGACCUUUCCAGGGUUCAGUCCGCGCUUUUAAACGGCGUCGAGGACGUGGUGGAGGCGAGCUCGCAAGAGCGGGAGCCCUCAGUCCCCUCCACCCAUGCGCCCCUUUCCGAGUUAAAUAGCCCAACCGUCGUCCUUCCCCGGCGGACGCCCACCCCUCUCCCGCGGGUUGAGGACCAUGAGGGGUGGUGGAGCCCGGCCGACCGAUUGGGCCUUCGCGCGGACGAGCCCACGAGUUUUCUCCGCAUCGCCCUCACACGUCUCUACGGGGUUGGGGAAGUGGAGGGGGGCGGCCCUUUCACCUUCCCGAAAACCACCCACGACGCCUACCAAGUCUUUGAUGACGCUGCCAAUAUGGGGAAAUCAUCGGAAAUCGACAACCAGGCCAUCCGGCACCGCAUCACGCUCAGCGAUUUGACUUCCGCGUCGGGCGAGGUGAUUGGGUCGGCCACCGUUGACGUCUUUUAUCCUACCCCCUUCGCGGCCCUCCAGUUCUUGUUUUUCCAAACCGUCCCCGAGAAGUCGGUGCUGCGAUCGCUCGCGCGGUGCAGCAUGGAGCGCCUGCAGGGGGGCAAGUCGAGCGCGAAGUUCUACCGCACCUGGGAUGGGCUCCUGCUCAAGCGGAUCAAGUGGAUGGAGAUGAAGCACUUCGUGAUGGCGUGGGGGCCUGAAUACUUCCGACAUAUGGCGCGUUGCUUCUCCUGUCAGCACUGUAAAGACGACCCCAAGGCCGGGGAAGGGGCAUCCGCGCAGCUCCAAAAUUCCGCUGGCGUUUUUUUGGUGAAAAUCUUAGGUCUUUAUGCGGUCCAAAUCACGCGUAGAAAUAACACACAGGAUGGCAACUACACGAGCACGGUUGAGGAGAUUCAGUACUAUGUGCUUAUGGAGAACCUCACUUUGCGCAAGGGUGUGCACGUCGACCUGACGUUUGAUCUGAAAGGCAGCCAGCGCAAUCGAACCGCACCGGAGGGUUCAAGCGUGAAGCUAGAUGUGGACCUCGUUGAGCAGAUUCGAAAUGGACGCUUUUUGUUCUGCUCGAGCGCGCAAAAAUACAUGAUAAUGGCAACCCUCCGCCGUGAUACCCAAGUUUUAAGCAACUCUGCUAUUAUGGACUACUCCCUCCUGGUAGCGCUUGACGUUUCGCACGGUGAAAUUUUCCUCGGUCUGAUUGACUUUUUGCACCCCUACACGAGUGCCAAGCUGCUGGAAUCAAGAGUGAAGUCGGGCAUCGACACUGUGCUGGGAUAUUCUGGGAGAGAUCCAACCAUCAUCGGACCGUUGGACUACAAAGAGCGGUUCCUGAGGUAUAUGAAUCUCUACUUCUGUGGGAUUCCAAAUAAACUGCACCCACUCAUUGAAGAAAUGGCUCAGGAUGAGGAACGAAAGGCGACCCGUGACGCCGAAGACACACAAGAUUCGAAACGGUGA